AUGACGGACCCAGACCUCAACAAUAAGCUCGAUAGACUACUCACUCUAUUGGAAGCACAGCUAGAGCUUACCAGACAGGGUCAUCGAGAGGAACGAUUACAACGAGCUCAACUGAGCAGGGAGGAGACAAUGGACCUCUCUCACUCAGAAGACCAAGCAGGAGGAGGAGAUGAGUCUAUGAUAGGAGACCCACAUACUCCUACUCCAGCUCCACGACCAAGACGAUCAGUCUCAUUCAACCUGGAUGAGCAGGAGGACAUCAACUACGAGAAGUAUGCUUCACCUACGGGGCCAAGAUAUGUCAAGACUAAGCUGGACCCCUACAGCAGGACUAGGACGGAUCCUUACCCCCUGGACCACGAGGAGGAUACCAGCAUCAUGGCAGAGCUUAACCGGUCAAAGCCCAUUGCCACCCCCUUUCCAAAGUUCAAUCCCCGAGACAUGGAGAUCUUCAUUCUAGAAGCCGAAGCAUGGUUUAAGUUCAACCAGGUGUAUGAGCAGUCUAGGAUGAUCAAUCACAUGGGUGCUCAACUGGAAGGGACAGCAAGAGAGUGGUGGACCUCCAAGCUCCGUAUUGAUAGAGCUAGAGAAGGAAGGUUGUUCAAUGAUUGGCACUACUUCACAGAGCGACUGUCAGAGCAGUUCAACCCACGCAAUGCUAGGAUGGAGGCAUACAACAAGCUGUUGGCUCUCAGACUCACAAGUGAUGCUCCUGGUGCCGCCACACGUCAUGUAGAGCGGUUCAGAGAUUUGGAGGGACAGGUCAACCUAGAUGACAACGAGCUAGUGAUUGAUCUCUUCAGAGGAAGUCUCACUCGCAGCAUACAGGAGAAGUUCGAGAGGAAUCCACCUGGGAAGAGAUGGGAGUGGUAUCGAGAGGUCGAGGAGAUCGAUCGACAGAGGAUGCUACUACAGCAGUCCUCGGCUAGACACUCACUACCAAAUGCCACGUCACCUCCACUAAGAACUGGGUCUCGGCCAAAUCAAAGUUCGAUCCCCAUCAGACAACCCACUCAACCUUAUCCAGCUCGAUCACCAUCACAAGCAACUACACAAGCAACUAUACAAAACCUAAACCGACCCCUUCCUCAUCAUCCCACCCAACCCUCGAAGCAAGGAAGCCCUGCUCCAUCAGGUAUCAACACCUGUCAUGUAUGCAAAGGUAUCGGCCAUUGGGCCAGAGACUGCCCCAGCAGGAGGGUAAACCCUCUUAGCUCUCGACCCAUGGGACCAAAGGUUAUGGUCACCACAGCAGACCCCUUCGAGGAGGCCACCGACUCAGGAGAUGGCCCCACAGGCAGCACCGAGACGGGUGACCCCGAGGCCAUGGACCUCAGCUCAUACCAGCAACCCAUGGACCUCGAUCACGAGGAGGAGCACGAUGAUGAUGACGACGAGGGAAACGUCAGUGGGGUGAUGCACUGA